GAUGAUAUCAAUGGACGAGAGAUUUAUUGAAAUUAACAAUUGAUUUAAUGUUUACAUCAUUUUAUAACUAAUUUGAUGACUAUUUAGUUUAAUUAUAUGAAUCUAAAUAAUAAAUAAAUAUAAUAAACAUGAAUAAUAUGAACGCAGCGUUUGGAGCGGCGAAAGCAGGGUCUGCUUUUGAUCCAAUCGGUUAUGUUAUGCGACCACAAGUUAUACUGCGGUUUAUUUGUUGGUUAUGCUCAGUCAUAGUGUUUGGUUGUAUAUCAGCCAAGGGCUGGUAUAAAGAGGGCAAACUUGACAAAUGUUUGUAUAAUAAGGAUAACAACGCGUGUCGGUUGGGGUCAGGACUGGGUCUCAUCGGGUUCUUAGCGAGCAUUGCUUUCCUAGUAUUGGAGGCAUUGUUUCAAAAUCUUUCGUCAAUCAAAAUCAGACGUCGAGUCGUUGCUUUUGAUUUAGGAUUUUCUGGUGUCUGGUCAGUGCUAUACUUGAUAUGUUUUGCAUAUUUGGGUAUAGCGUGGGCUAAGUCUGAUUAUCCGCCAUUUGGUGAGGGCAUCAAUAGCUGUAGGGCUGCCAUUGCUUUCUCUUUCUUUUCCAUCGCUUCGUGGGCUGGCUGUACAUACUUUGCACACCAGCGUUGGGUUAGUGGUACAGAUAUGACUCAAUUUGCGAGUGGAUUUGAAAACGAAGACAUUGGUGGUGGAGGUGCCGGCUAUUCGGCAUACGGCGGGGCCACCGAUGAACCGACUUAUCAGGAAAAUCCAUUCACAAAUAUGCCGCCAUCGGACCAGAUGUCUAACAUUAACUAUACUGCGCCUACAUAUUAAAUCAGUUAUUUGUUGAAUUUAUUUAAAUAAAUCAAUGCAAUAGAUUGUGGAAAGUAUCCAUUAUAUAACUAUUGACGUCUUUAA